AAGGCUUCGAUUUAUUUAUCCAGUCAGCUCCGCAUCAUGUCCUCAGAUCUGGAUCUUUCUCCUCCGGAGGUCCCAGAGCCCACUUUCUUCGCGAGUCUCCUGCGUUAUGGAUUAUUUCUAGCUGCUAUUUUUCAGCUCGUCUGUAUUUUAGCAAUAAUCAUACCCUCAUCCAAGAGCCACGAACAGGUGGAGACGUCGGAGCCGGCUGACGCUCACAGCUCUGAGCAGAACCGAAAGCCAAAGGGAGCUGUUCAACAGAUCCGCCAGAAAGUGAAAAAGGAGAGCAAGAAGAAGAGAUAGAGAGUGUGAACAGUGAAGGUGUUUGUCUGAUAAACUCACUAAUGAUGGAUUGACUCACAGCAUUAGAGGCAUUGUUCAGUUCAGCCAUUAUUACUUCAUCUGGUCUGAGUUUGGAUUUUGCCAUGUCUUUCAAAUUUUUUUUUUAAUCAAAUUAUGUAUGUGUCAUUGUUUU